AUGGAUAGUGGCUAGCAGUGGAAUUCAGGACGUGCGUCUCAUCCUAUUUAGGACUGAUCAGCUGGAUGUACCUGCAUCUCAGAGUUGAUGUUCACUUCAAAACUAGAACCCGGUACCGUUUGCUCUAAACGCCAUCACGUUAUCCACUUGGCUAGUGAACUCUGAUAGCCAUUUGCUUGUUCAAUGGGGUGAAGGUUGAAUUUACUUGAUAUUGUUUACUUGAAUCUUACCAUUGAUAUUUAGGACUGUAAUUGAUCAAUCUCUUAUUGGCAUAUGUGCAUACUGCGUACAUUGACUCGAUAUUGUCUUAAUUCACAAGCAUUGUAAGAAAAGAUGGAUAAUGGCUAGCAGUGGAAUUCAGAGCUCACGUUUUGUUCUAUUUGGGGCUCUUCAUUUGGAUCUGUCUGCUUCUCAGUAGCUAAGUGGAUAACACGACGAAGUUUGAAUAGGAUGGUACUGGGUUUGAGUCCCACGGUGAACAUCAACACUGAGAUGCAGGUACAUCCAGCUAAUCAGUGCCCAAUAAGACGAAACGCCUAUCCUGGAUUCCACUGCUAGCCACUGUCCAUCUUUGCACAUUACUUAACACAUUUUUCAUUGUUAUACCAUACUUCAAUUAAUUAUACGAAUAUAAAUCUUUGUAGGUAAAUGUUCACACAUUUUCUUUCAAAUAGAAUUAAAAUUAACCGAUUCCUAUUAACCAGUAAGGAUAAGUCACUGUAGUGUGAGAGAACAGGUGAAAAGAGAAAACAUUCAAGACAAACAAGCAAACAACAAUUACAUAGCUAUGAACAAUAACCAACCAAAUUCCAGGCUAACCGAAUAAUCUAUCAUUAAGGUGUAGUGAACAAGAACACAAGUCGUGACAAUCAUACCAACUGAGUUCCGUUUCCGUUCUUUCCUUAUUGAUCUUCUACUGAAAUACAUCCUAUGCCUGAUCACCGUUAUAUACUACUAACGUGGAUAUAAGUAACCCACGCCACAGAGGUACCACCAGACUAUUUAAUUUAGUAUUCACUUGAUUACAGUUUUAUUUGUUAUGACUUUCCAAUAUUAUGUGAAUAUUAUCUUCUGUUAUCUGUAACAUCAGUCUAACACUCUACAUGAUAAAACAAAAUAGCUUUCCACUAAUCCAUAGUUCCUAAAUGUAAUAUAAGUAUGAUCAACUUUCUUAACUAUUCACUAAAUGAUUGAUGUAUGUUGAAUUUUGAUCGAAUUUUAUAUUCCAUGUUAAUACAGAAAGUGUCAGUUCCAUGCCUCGAUAAAGGAGAAAGUUAGAAAUAGGGUCGACAAACCCAUCCUUGUAAAAAACAAUCUUGGAAAAAAACAGAAAUGCUAACCGGACUAAACAAAUUCAACCAUUUAAAUUCUAUCCUCUGAGUUGAGAGAAAAAUUAUGACGCCUCAUGGUGAAAGCCAAGAUAAUUAGAAAUGACCUGAAGGACAAAUGUAUAUCAUUUUCUAGGAAAUAGAUCCAUUUCCUAAGGGAUAGAUAUGUAUAUACACACAUGAGUAUUUAUGCAUAUUGUUUGGUAGCCCAGUAGACUUUUUCUUCCACUCUCGUCGUCUUGCUCAAACAAUCAGUUUGGGUGGUGAGCACACAGCACUUUAGGCAUCAGUAUCAGGUUUCAGACACCGCGCAGCAUAACAAUUUUCAAUACGAACGUCAAGAUAGUUCUAAUGUAUGGAGCUGAAACUUGGAGAACUACCACAAUCAUCAUCAAAUAUGUAUAACUACUUAUAAACAAUUCUUUACGCAAAAUACUCAAUAUUCAUUGACCAGAUACAAUCAACAAUAACCCACUAUACCACAGAACAAUCGAACUUACAACUAAACAGGAAAUCGAGAAAAAGCAUUGGAGGUGGAUAGAACACACAUUGAAGAAAUCAUCGAACUGGAGCACUAGAUAAUCGUUAACUUGGAAAUCUAAAGGCCAGAGGAAAAGAGAUAAAUCGAAGAAUAGAUUGAGUCGAGAAUUGGAGGCAGGUAUCAAAAGAAUGAAUAGCAUUUGAGAACAGCUAUAAAAGAGAAUAGAAGACAGAGUUGGUUGGAGAAUUGUGGUGGUCGACUUAUGUUUCUCCACGAGUGGUAACAAGAGUAAAUAAGUAAAAUUAAGAAAAUGAUGUGCGUUUCAUUAUCAAGAGAAUUUUGGCAGAAAAUAUUUAUUACAUUAAAUACUUUAUUUGUUGUAAGUAGUAUAAUUCUAUUCAUUAAAAACAAAAACAUAAAAAGAUAUUCAACAUGAUUCUACUUAUAUUAGGUAUAAUAACACAAAAUACUUUAUCAAAAUAUACAACCAUUUUACAUACACCAAUAUCAGCUAUCAUUCCAACUAUUCUAUUUACUGGAUGUUUCGGUUUGAUAGCUGCAUUAAUUGGAUAUAUUGGAUUAUGGAAACCAAUGAAUUUAAUUGCUUUAAUGCAUAUAAUUAGUUUGUGUAUUGUUACACUCAUUGAAAUUGGUAUAGCAACAACAUCAGCUGUAAUGUAUGAUCAAUUUUAUACAACUACACAUAGUGCAUUAUUAGAUAGUGUGAAAUUCUAUUAUGAAAACCCACAAUAUGAAAUGGAAAUGGAUCAUUUACAAACUGAAUUUAAAUGUUGUGGAGCUGAAUCUUAUUUGGAUUAUAGAAAAUUGGGUAUGAAUAUACCAUUCUCUUGUAUCAUUGGUUAUUUAGUUUAUGCAAGAGGUUGUGUUCAUAUAUUAACUGAUUAUAUACAACAAUAUACAAUUGUAUUCAUUUCAUUAUGUUUUAUAUUUUCAAUUAUACAAGGGGUUUAUUUAAUUAUUUCCAUUUUAAUGCUUAAUAGAUCUAUGGAUAUAAAAAAUUUAUGUACAUAA